AUGCAGAACGAGACAGCGGAUCUCCACCAACAGCAGAGUCUCUUUCCCAACUUUUUCGACAGGUAUCCCCAGGACCUCUUUCCCCAGGAGUCCGACAGAUCACACCCAAUCGACGACGAGCCCCUCUAUGUCAACGCCAAGCAGUACUUCCGCAUCCUCAAGCGCCGCGUCGCCCGCACCCGCCUCGAGGAGGUCCACCGUCUCUCCCGGCAGCGCAAGCCAUAUCUCCAUGAAUCGCGCCACAAGCAUGCCAUGAGGCGCCCCCGCGGGCCAGGCGGUCGCUUCCUCACCGCAGACGAGAUCGCCGCCCAAAAGGCCACAAGCCAACCAGAGUCCUCCAAUCAGGACCACGACAUGGACGACGACCUCCAGCUCUCCCCCGAUGCUGAACACGAGCCCUCGCCACUCCAGACUCCGACCCCUGCGCCACCACCUUUCAGCAUCCAACCCCCUCCUAUGGCCAACAUCGACUACCAUCGCCAGCAUAUGGCCAUCCCCCAUACCAUCCACACACCCACCCCCCCUCCAAUCGCCACACCCACACUUCACAAGCAGCAGCAGCUCUUUCCUCCCCAGCAACAGCAGCUCAAUCACGCCUCCCACCACCACCACCAUCCCCACAGUCAUCCCUCCAAGACUCCCUUCAAUGCUGCUCCCGUCACCCUCAGUUCUCCGUAUCCUGCUACCAUUCAGAUGCAUCACGUCCCACACCCCCAUGCCCAUGCUAGGCACCACCACUCGAACUUUGCAAACUAUUCCACCUACAGUCCCGAUCCCAUGGCGCAGUCUGCCAACCUCGAAAUGCAGCGCCGCACCGAGGAAAUGAUACACUUUGGCACUGCCGGUCCUUCUUCCUCUUAA